AUGGCCAAUGGUCAAACACGAUCACGAUGCUCACCACAAUCUGUCACAGUACAUCACUCGGGCCAGAGUAAAGAGCUCAAACACCAAGAGCGAAUAGGGGUUGCCAUCAGCUCUGACUCGGACUGGGAAGCUUCGCCUCGGACGCAAUCAUCACAGCACAGCGUAGCACAAUUACUCCCAGAUCCUACGGCUGGGCUAUACCCAAAGCCGCUAAGGUGGAGUCAUCGGCCACCUAGUGGAGAGACUCUCUUUGAAGAAGACGGAAGUCAACAAGCGACGGCGGCAGCAGCAGCAGCAGGAAUGAUGCACAAUAAUCUCCCAAGGCCAGAGAUUCCGAUGAAACUCGUAGGACUGCCAGCCAAUCCACGAGCAUUUAAAAAGGAAUCCCUAGCGGGCAACGUCAAACGAAGAUCCGGGGGCCCGACUGCCCUGGCACCCCCAUUCAAUCCCAACCCAGCCUUCAGAACCUCGCCAUCAGACAGCAGCGCUGCACCCGACGAAACUUCCGAAACCUUACAACCUUUCUGCCCCUUCUCAAACUCAGACAUCUUCCUCGCUGCUCCCGUCAACACUAUCCAGACCCACCGCCGGAACCGCAGCUCAUCACCAGGGCGACAGGCGCUUCAUCCACACCCCACCCCAUCAUCCUCAACCCUUCCCCCAGGCUCAGAGGUAGCAUCCAGGCCGCAGAUAGCAGGCGGAAACGAUAUCAAACGUGUACAGAUCCAGAACAAUUCACGACCGCCUAGCGAAGUCGUCGCGCCAUACUGCCCAGACGACUUGUGGCUGAAGCGUGGACGUGUCAUCGCGCCGCCAAAGUCCCAAGAACCGUCUGAAGAACUGCCGUAUCCUUCAGAUAUGUUUCCGGGUGCUGUGCAUUACCCUGAUAGUCCGAAGAAGAAGGUCGGCGCUUUGUCGAAUCGGGUUUCUCCGACUAGUCGGAAUUUGACGCCAGCGAGGAAGGGCGCUGAUCUAAUUCUCCAUGUUGAUUAG